AGAGACGCAGAUCGAAAACGAUCAUUCAAUGCAGUUCAUCUUUUUUGUUGGAACUGGCUCUCCAUAACCAGACCAAAACAUCUGAGAAUUUGGAAGGGCGCCCUCAUCUCAGCAUUGUAAGAAUUUGCACAUAAUGGCGUCCUUCAUCGGAUCACGCGUGACAGAAGUAGAGAACAAACCUGUUGAAAAGCCGGUCGACCGGGAAAAGACAUGCCCCCUGCUGCUGAGAGUGUUCUGCAACUCGGGUCGUCACCACAGAGUGGAGGAAUUUGACCGUGGGAGAGUACCACCAAAUGAGCUGCAGAUAUACACCUGGAUGGACGCAACACUAAAAGAGCUGUCCAGCCUGGUCAAGGAGGUCAACCCUGAGGCCCGACGCAGGGGAACCUUCUUCAGCUUUGCGACCGUCUCGCCGGACAACAGACGACCCGGCUACCACCUCACCAACAUCGGCAUGACCUGCUCGGGGCGGAAGGGCCCCGACGACGCACUCACACUGUCCUCGACAUCCUUCCAGAUUGGGGACUACGUGGACAUUGCCAUCUCGCUGCCGACGCGAGGCGGCGGUCCCCCGCCGCUGAGACGAGACAGCUGGGGACGGAUGUAAGAUUCCACAAGAGCUUGUUUUUAGAGUUGGGAUGUUCGCUUUUCAUUGGGAGACGGCAACAGGUCAUUUGCUCAAUUGUCAACUUUAAACCAGCAGAGAAGCUUAAACACGUGUCACCAGAGCCACUUUCAAGUGACAGGUCAUUGGUAAAGAAACUUGCACAGUGCAGAUCAGUAAGUUCUCUCAACAUUGUUCACUUACACACUGGGGAUUUUGUCAUGUGUUAACUAGCAUUCCCCCAAGAGUGUUACCCUCGUCAACUGUUGUGACAAAGUUUACUGAAAAUUGUGCCCGUAGUAGAUUUCAUGUGAACUACAAUUUUUCCCUUUCUUAUUCCGGUUUCUGACAUUAUCAUGCCAUGAGGGCACCGUCUGCUGCCAUUUAUGGACGAGGCCUCUAAACCUUGUCCGUGGUCGCCAACGACCAUUGUUAUAGCCUUCUAAGGAAACCGGUGAUUUUGUGUGGCCGUUGAUUGGCUCUGUGUCGUCCAUCGCUUCCAACGCAUAAAGAUGGGAAACUGUCCGUUACAAGUUCCCUUGUGCUUUCAUGCAGAAAAAGAGGCUACCCUCUUUUUGUCAAGGGAGCAACGCAUUCUUCCUAAGCACAUGUAACUUGAACAUAGUGCAAACAGUUUGAUGAAGCGACUGGUACCAAUUACAGAUUUCUUUUUGAAUUGAUUCGUUUGUAGUUAUUAGGAAUAGACGUACUUGUAACAUCACUGUCAUUUUUGUAAAGUUAUUUUGUCGUUUGCCUUGCUCUUGGCUGGUGGUGUAGCCAUGCAGAGGAGCAAGUUUUUAUAAAGUUGAAUGUAAGACAGUUGGUCGAUUUGCUAGAAAUAAAGCAGGUAAGUUUACAUGUCGUCAGACGGAAAUUUAUUUGUACAUCUCUUUUUUUCAAUGGAAGGUAGUUAUUUGUUCAUCACAAUUUGUGCCCAAGACAUGAGCAGGGUCCCAGCAGAGACUCCUGACUUGAUGAAAUAUUUGCACCUGUAUGUACUAAGAUUACAUCGAUGCAAAAUGUAACAAUACCAUUGUUUGUAAUUCAGUACACAGCUAAAGUUGUAACAGGGUGCAGGAUUUGGCAAUGUGACAUUGUUUCGAACUGAAAAAGGUUACUGUUCGUGCACUGUGCUUGUCUACUUAUAUAACCUGUGCAUAAACAGCAAGAGUACACUUGCCAAAAUCUUCAUAAU